AUGACCCCCCCGUCAAUCAUGCAUUUGUCGUCGCUGUCGCGCAGGUCGCUCUCGACGCGCUCUCCCUGCCAUGCCCUUCGCGCUGCUCGCCCUUUGCGCUCCAGCGGGCUCUCCCAGCAAUCCGUCCAGCGCGUCGCCCGUCGGACUUACGCCGAUGCCGCCCCGACCGCCCCCGCCCCGAAGCCCAAGCAGCGAUUCCGGUUUUUGCGGUGGGCUUGGCGCCUGACGUGGCUGACCGGUUUGGGGAUGACCGGUGCCUUGGUUUACAGCAUCUACGAGCAACGUCAUCCGAUCGAGCAGUCCGAGCCGGACCCGUCGAAGAAGACCCUGGUGAUUCUGGGUACCGGAUGGGGCUCCGUUUCUCUGCUGAAGAAGCUCGACACGGAAAACUACAAUGUCGUCGUGGUUUCCCCCCGAAACUACUUCCUCUUCACCCCCCUGCUGCCGUCGUGCACCACCGGUCUGAUUGAGCACCGUUCGAUCAUGGAGCCGAUCCGGAACAUCCUUCGCCAGAAAGUCGCCGGCGUGAAGUUCUACGAAGCCGAGGCUACAAAGAUCGACUACGAGAAGCGCGUGGUGUACAUCAGCGACGACUCCGAGAUCAAGGGUGAUAUCUCGCACACCGUGGUUCCCUUCGAUAUGCUUGUCGUGGGUGUCGGUGCCGAGAACGCUACUUUCGGCAUCAAGGGUGUUAAGGAGCACUCCUGCUUCCUGAAGGAAGUCGGCGAUGCGCAGAAGAUCCGCAAGCGUAUCAUGGACUGUGUCGAGACCGCUAUGUUCAAGGAUCAGUCGCCCGAGGAGGUCAAGCGUCUCCUGCACAUGGUGGUCGUCGGUGGUGGCCCGACCGGUGUCGAAUUCGCCGGCGAGCUGCAGGAUUUCUUCGAGGAGGACUUGAAGAAGUGGAUCCCCGAUAUCCAGAAGAACUUCCACGUCACCCUGGUCGAGGCGCUGCCCAACGUGCUCCCCAUGUUCUCCAAGCAGCUCAUUGACUACACCGAGUCGACCUUCAAGGAGGAGGCUAUCAGCAUCCGGGCCAAGACCAUGGUCAAGAACGUCACCGACAAGUACAUCGAGGCUGAGGUCACCAAGCCCGAUGGCUCCCGGGAGUUGGAGACCAUCCCCUACGGUCUGCUGGUCUGGGCCACCGGUAACGCGGUGCGCAACGUCGUUCGCGACCUCAUGAACCAGCUUCCCGCCCAGAAGAACUCGCGUCGCGGUCUGGCCGUCAACGAGUACCUCGUCGUCAACGGCACCGAGAACGUCUGGGCCGUCGGUGACUGUGCGAUCACCAACUACGCCCCCACCGCCCAGGUUGCCGGCCAAGAAGGUGCUUUCCUGGCGCGCCUGUUCAACACCAUGGCGAAGACGGAGACUCUCGAGAAGGAAUUGAAGGGUCUGUCGGACGCCCAGGCCCUGGCCAAGAACGGCGACGAGCGGAACAAGGUCUUUGACGAUAUCCGUGAGCGCCAGCGUCAAUUGCGCCGCAUCAAGCAGAUCGGCCCCUUCCAGUACUCCCACCAGGGCAGUCUGGCCUACAUUGGCAAGGAGCGCGCGGUUGCAGAUAUCAGCUGGCUGAGUGGCAAUAUCGCAAGCGGUGGCACCAUGACCUACCUGUUCUGGCGCAGCGCCUACCUGAGCAUGUGCUUCAGCAACCGCAACCGUGUUUUGGUCGCUGUGGACUGGAUCAAGGCCAAGCUUUUCGGUCGUGACGUGUCUCGCGAGUAA